CUAGUCCUGGGAGGAGAAUGUUACAGCACAGACACCGUCCUUGCUAGCUCCUGUGUCACGUCGUGUGCUCAGAGGUUCUCCACCUCGGCAAUGCUAUGGAAGACUAUUGGAAUAGUUCUGUUUGUCUGUUUUGCGAAGACAUUGGCGAUCAACGAUACUCAAGACUUAGUCGGUGUUCGUGCUGUGAACAAAGCUGCCGUAACAGAUGAAACUCGAACUCAUAGAGAAGAAACAUCAACUGAAAGUUCUGACUGCACUGGGAAAGGUUUAUUUAGUGGUUGUUAUUACAUGAAGUUAGCGAAGUAUUUAACUGGCUACUUAGGAGGAUCGUAUGGAGGACUAGAACCUAAUUUUACGCCACCUAUUGCCGGAUUUGGUUCUUUGCCUUCUCAAGGAACCCCUUCUGGUGGCAUUCCAGGGACUCCUUCCUCAACCGUUGAAACUGAAAGAGAGAACUCAACAACCGAGGCAUGGGAUGGAUCAUACUCUUGGAAAUUUUACGUACCGGAAGGUGAGAUAUCAGCGGAAGAAAAUGGAACCGUAGAUCAGAACGUUCCCGAAGGUCCUGGCACAGUCGUUAGAGGUUCUUUCAGUUUUUCUGCUCCUGAUGGAUCACAUUUUAGAGUGAUUUACACCGCUGAUGAGAGAGGGUUCCUCCCUUCAGGAGACCAUCUGCCUACCUCUCCUCCGAUACCUGAAGCUAUACUUAAGGCCCUCUUUAAAAACGCUGCAGAUGAAGAAGCAGGAAUCUUUGAUGACGGAAGCUACAAGGAAGGUAGAGGCUGAAAUAAGUUACAUUUGAUGCAACAUUCAUCAAUGGGUUUCUCGUGUGGUCUUUCUAGAUCCAUAUUCAGUGAUCACGUAUUAUUCAAGACACUGACUACUUAAGAACUAAUAGCUCUCGAUGGUGAAAGUUAAUAAAAAAGGAAAUAAAUAAUGCAAAGUAAUAAAUCAAUGAA